UUCAACCCUUUUUCAUUACAGUCUAUUCUAUCCUUCUUCUCAAAACAGAACAUCUCUCUAAUCCAAUCCUCUCUAAUCCAAUCCUUCGUCUUUGGUUCUCACCUCCAACAGAAAAGGAUGUUUAGCUUUGUGAUGUUUAUUGAUCCGCAAACUGUUAAAACCAUUUUAGACAAAGGUAAUCUCCAUUAUGUUCGUGGCCUCGGUACUUAUUAAACCUUACCGGGAGAAGUCAAAGGAAGUAUGCUGGUAGAAUUCAGUACUCUGUAUUACUCGUCUCACCACAUAGACAUGGAUUCUGAAAUGAACUCAAUUCCAAGAAGUUGUGGGAAUGCUAGAUCUCUUAAGAGACAACUGAUGGAAGAGCAGGAGCAGGCUCUAGAACUAGUAGAAAUUCAAAAGAGAUGUUUAGCAGCAUUGCAGUUUGCUCAAAAUUUUCUAUCUACUUCACCUCAUUUUCGCUUCUCCAUAAAUGGAAUGAGAGCUUCAGAAGGUAACAGGGAUAAUGCCUCAUGGAGAUUUAGCUCGGAUGGAAGAUACAAUGUAAAAUCAUUCAUCAAUGUAGCGGAAGGAAAAAUAUAUGGGGAGCCAACUAUGAAGCAUGUCUUUGAUGAUCUUUGGAGAGGGUUGGUACCACCUAGAAUUGAGAUGCUCGUGUGGUUUGUGAUAACAGAUGGGUUGAGUACAAAGGACAAACUAAUAAGGAGGGAAUCAUAAGCCAAGGUGAAGGGACUUUGUUUUGUGUGAGAAUGCCCAGGAGUCGGUAAACCACAUUUUUCUUCAUUGCUCUUUUUGUUCAAAAUUGUGGUUUAUGGCCUUGAAUGCGGGUUGUGUGUGUUGGGUAGAAGUAAAUGAUGCUAGAACUUGGUUUGAGGGUUGGAUCAAUUGUGAUGUGUGUAAUAUGUCAAAAAAAUAGAUUAUGUUAUUCUUUGCUACUUUGUGGACUGUUUGAAAUUGUAGGAAUAGUAAAAUCUUUGAGAAUAAAGUUGUUUCAUGGAAAAGUGAGUGGAAAAAAGUAAAAAUAAUAGUAAACCAAUGGUAUGAGGUGAAAAAAGUGAUAAGCCGUGUAUAUAGGAGAGAAGUGCAAUUUGAAGAAGACAGGAAAUGGAUAUGGUGGAACUGUACGUGGUAUAAAUAGAUAGAAAUAUAUUUUGUGUUGGUGGAUAUUUACAGGAACCAAAUGAAGAAAUACACUGUUAUAUGGACGAUUUGGUGAGUCAUGAGUCAAUAGGAGAUGCAUUACUGGUUGGACUGCAAAUGUCCUUGUAAUUUGUUCUCGAAGAGGUGAGAGUAAAAGAAGAAGAUGUAAAAAUGAUAGUUGAUAAUAAAUACAUUGUAAAGUGGCUACAUGGAGAUAUAGAUACAAAUUGGGAGUUGAGAUUUUUAAGAAACAAGACAAGCAACAUAAAACAUAUAUUCCAGAACACAAAUGUGGAGUUCAAAGGAGAAAUGAAUACAAGUCAAGAAAAGAGUGGGAAUCAAGGGCAAUAAUUGAGGACCAUAGAUGGAUAAAGUGGGCAAUAAUAUUCCCGGAUUACUUUUGAAGAAUGUUUUGAUUCUGUAUGUAUUGUUUACUUGUUUAUUAGUUUAUGUUUAUUGUCUAAUCUGUUUUUUGUGGUUGAUUUUGGUCUUUGAUGGUAAUGCCGAAAGGGAUUAAAUUUAAUC